AGCUGCAUAGAGCAGUGUGAUAGGCUGGUGGAGGGGGGAACUGCAGCAGAGUAGCACCGCUGUCAGGAAACAGAAGCCCACUGCGAAUGCAACUCGCAUAACCAGCCGAACGAGGGACGGUUUACCUGCGUGAUUAACCAUGACAACUGAAUCAGGCGCAGACUCGGAGGCCAAGCAGCCGCAGGAGAACAAGGAGAAGGGGAAAGCCAAAGGAGCCGCCGAACCUGUCGAGCCUGAGAACCAAUCAGAGCUCCCCGCCGCCGCCGGACACAGCACCCCCGCCCGGAAAGAGCAGGAGACGCAGGAGGACGACCAGGUGUCCCAUCAGUCGUCCACCAGCCGUCUGUCCAGGUCUCCUCUGAAAGGGGUGAAGAAGGUGAAGAUCAUGCAGUGCAAAGUCACCAUGCUGGACGGCUCCGACUUCUCAGUCAACGUGGAGAAACGAGCCAAGGGUCACGUGCUCUUUGAUAAAGUAUGCGACCACCUCAAUCUGAUGGAGAGGGACUACUUCGGCGUCACAUACAGAGAUGUAGAGAAUCAGAAGAACUGGAUAGACCCUAACAAGGAGCUGAAGAAGCAGAUCAGGACCGGUCCCUGGAACUUUGCUUUCAACGUCAAGUUUUACCCUCCAGACCCCGCGCAGCUCACUGAGGACAUCACAAGGUACUACCUGUGUCUGCAGCUGAGGGAUGAUGUGGUGUCGGGCCGGCUGCCCUGCUCCUUCGCCACCCACACGGUGCUCGGGUCCUACACAGUGCAGUCUGAGCUGGGAGACUACGACCCCGAGGAGUUAGGCAGCGACUACAUCAGUGAACUGCGCUUCGCACCAAACCAAACCAAAGAGCUGGAGGAGAAGGUCAUGGAGCUCCACAAGACCUACAAGGCGAUGACACCUGCCGAAGCUGAGAUACACUUCCUGGAAAAUGCCAAGAAGCUGUCCAUGUACGGCGUGGAUCUUCACCACGCUAAGGACUCUGAAGGCGUGGAAAUCAUGUUGGGAGUCUGUUCUAGUGGCUUGCUCAUCUACAGGGACAGGUUGCGGAUCAACAGGUUCGCCUGGCCCAAAAUCCUCAAGAUCUCCUACAAGAGGAACAACUUCUACAUCAAAAUCCGUCCUGGCGAGUUUGAGCAGUUUGAAAGCACAAUCGGUUUCAAGCUCCCAAAUCAUCGCGCUGCAAAGCGGCUGUGGAAGGUCUGUGUGGAGCACCACACCUUCUUCAGGCUCGUAUCCCCCGAGGCACCACCGAAGAAGUUCAUGAGCCUCGGCUCCAAGUUUCGCUACAGCGGCAGAACGCAGGCUCAGACCCGCAGGGCGAGCUCUCAGAUCCAAAGGCCGGCGCCGCUGUUCGAACGCUCCGCCAGCAAACGCUACAACAUGUCCCGCAGCUUAGACGGAGCACCCAUCACGGAGAGCCAUGAGACUCUGAUGAAGGACAGCGCUGCUGACGGGGUUUCCAAAGUCAUUGCCAAGGGAGACAUCAUCGCCGCAGUGACGGAGAAGAAGGCCGAGGAAGAGAAGGCGGAGCAGGAAGACACUCAGAUGGCUGCAGAGACGGCAGAGCCCUCCACACCGCUCAGACACGACACAAAGUGCUCCCCUCAUGUUUACUCGAGCGACCCCCUCCGCUCCGAGCUCUCCCUCCCCUCAUCUCCCGUUUCAUCCGUCAAAGUACGGCGGAGGCGCAGGGAGGGCGCGCGUAAACGGGCGUCGUCGGUCAGUCCGGCCAAGAGCGGCGACAGUUGCCGCCGCCGCCAAGCCCUCGACGACCGUAAAACCGCGCUGCUGGACGAGCAGGUGCUGCUGCUCUCUGCCCGAAAGCAGAGGCUGGAGCAGGGCAAGAGGCGCGGCGGCAUGCUGUUCUCCUUCUCCCUGCACCUGCCCGACCUGUCCUCCUACCUGGACGAGGACGGAUACAUCUCCUUCCCCGAUCUGUCCGAGAUGCGCUUCCUCCCCAUGUGCGCGCAGAACUUCAUGCCCAUUAAGUCACCCUCGCUCAUCCCCUGCUUCCUCUUCAUCUUCUUCUUCCUGCUGUCCACUUCGUUUUCCGUCCCGUACGCCAUCUCCCUCUCCUUCCCCCUGGCGCUGUGCCUCUGCUACCUGGAGCCCAAGGCAGCCUCCCUGACCGCAUCCAUAGCCCACGGCUACCAUGACCAUGACAGUUCAGAGGAAGAGGAGACUGACAGCGAACAAACCGACUUUGCCUUUGAUGAAGAUAUGACCGCCACGGAGUCGGACGCAGAUGAGGACUCUGAGAUGCCCACUCAGGACGCCUCGCCUCCGGAAGAGAUGGUCAAGCACCAGACCAACAUCAGCGAGCUGAAGCGCUCCUUCCUGGAGACGGGGGACACUUCUUCGGGCCUGACCGAAUGGGAGAAGAGACUCUCCUCGUCCCCGGCACGCUCACCCAGAGCGGACGAACCCCCGAUGAUAGUGCCGCUGGAGCCGGAGGACACUCAAGACGAGCUGCCUGCAGGAGAAGAGACAAAAGGGGAGGUGGAUCCUACACUCGCCGAGGCGGCAAGAUAUCUGGUGAAAUACGUGGUGGAUAGUAUGGCGACAGAUUUGGCCACUUCCUCAGGGCCUCACGGUCUUAGUGUGUCAACCACGAUGGACGACGACGUCUUCAUGGACGGGACCCUCAGAGAGGUGGACGAGAAAACCCCCGACUCUCAGGAGGAGCUGUCGGAGAGGGCGGAGCUGAAGGUCAGCCCCGGAGCUGUCAGACAGGAAGUGUCCCAGGCCAUCAGUGACAAGAAAGGGAUGCUCAUUAUUUUGAAAGAUGCGGAGGACACAGAGGGCAAAGAGAUGAGACCUGUUGAUGAAGAAGAAGAGCCCAUCAUUCCUGAAGAGGAUGAAGCUGAGGAGAAUGAAAUGCUAUCUGCAUCUAAAGAGAAAGGAACCAUAAAAGAAGACACUUCUGUAGGUAUAGAUGCAAAAAAUGCAGAAGACAAGACGCAGCGCCUGAGGAUCGAGAUAAAAACUGAAGACAUGACUCAGAUUAAAGGUAUCGACUCGCCUAAAAAGGCCAUGGCAUCCUGGAUAUCUGAGGAGGUGAAGACCGAGGCUUCAGAGGUCAUCAGUGUGACAAAUGGAGUAAAAGAGAUGACUAACGGCAUAAACCAGGAAGCAGAAAUAUUCAUCUUCGAACAGGGCCAAACAGAGCUGUCAAAGUCCUUCGAAGAGGUCCAAACGAAAAGGUCAGAGUUCUUCGAAGAGGCCCAAACGGAGCAGUCAAAGUCCUUCGAAGAGGUCCAAACGAAAAGGUCAGAGUUCUUCGAAGAGGCCCAAACGGAGCAGUCAAAGUUCUUCGAAGAGGCCCAAACGAAAAGGUCAGAGUUCUUCGAAGAGGUCAAAAGGGAGCAGUCGGAGUUCUUCGAAGAGGCCCAAACGGAGCAGUCAAAGUCCUUCGAAGAGGUCCAAACGAAAAGGUCAGAGUUCUUCGAAGAGGUCAAAAGGGAGCAGUCGGAGUUCUUCGAAGAGGCCCAAACGGAGCAGUCAAAGUCCUUCGAAGAGGCCCAAACGGAGCAGUCAAAGACCUUCGAAGUGGUCCAAACGAAAAGGUCAGAGUUCUUCGAAGAGACCCAAACGGAGCAGUCAGAGUUCUUCGAAGAGGCCCAAACGGAGCAGUCAGAGUUCUUCGAAGAGGCCCAAACGGAGCAGACAGAUUUCUUCGAAGAGGCCCAAACGGAGCAGUCAAAGUCCGGCCUGAUUACCAUUUCUGAAUCCUCUCCUACAUCCUUAGCAGUGUCUACGCUGGGAUGGGUUUCCUCCUCUGAAAAGGCAUCCGCUGAACCGCAGGAGAAGGCGGUCGUUGCCACGGAGACGGAGGCAGCACCAGCCGAGUCGACGGGGCCAACGAGUCUCGAUGUCGUCGAGGUGGGAACCAAAGAGGUGCCUGUUGUCCACACAGAGACAAAAACGAUCACCUAUGAGUCUGCAGAGGGUGAAACUAACGGUGACGUAGACCCUGGGGUGUUGCUGAGUGCUCAGACCAUCACCUCGGAAACCACCAGCACCACGACAACCACACACAUCACAAAGAUGGUGAAAGGAGGAAUAUCGGAGACGAGAAUUGAGAAAAGGAUCGUCAUCACGGGAGACUCAGACAUCGACCACGAUGAGGCUCUGGCUCAGGCCAUAAAGGAGGCUAAAGAACAGCAUCCUGACAUGUCAGUGACCAAAGUAGUGGUUCAUAAAGAGACAGAGAUCACGCCAGAGGAGGGGGAGGACUGACCCAGGAGUAACACUGAGGGCUGUUUUCUGUUCAACCUCCCAGAAUCCACCUCCAACAUAAUACUCCGAGACUCUCAGAAGACUAGAACGGCUCCUACUCUCCGAAUGCUGCAGCUCUCCGCUAGUCGCAACCAUCACCUGCAAAAUACAUGAAUGCAUCUUGCAUGAGAAGGACGCAACGUUGCAUUAUCAAACAAACGGCAAGAUUAUACUGAAAGCCGUCCGAUUAAAAAUAAAAAUGGUUCUCGAUCCGCCUGCACGCCGAAUCCCUGUGUGCGCGGCAAGCAAACGGUUUGCUUUCACUGCCUUAUGACUUUGAUGCAUUUUUAUGAUUAUUGAGAAUAAUUAUUGUAGCGACGUUUUAUUUAUGAAAUAAAGCCAUCACUCCAGAAAUCGCUGUAGGCUGUAUACGUUAGGGAGCAUACACUAUUUAACCUUGCUGUAGAAGUGCCAAGUUCAUUUGCCAGCAAGCAUCGCCUCACUCCAACAACAUGAUGAUUUUCAGGUUUGCCACUACAGAAAUCACUACGGCUCGGUUCUGUACAUAUCAAAGCUUUCCUAGGAGAAUAGCAAAUUAUCUUUCACGGUUGAUUUUUUCUCACGUCUACUUGAAUUGCAUUUUCCUUUUUUAAAGAUAAUUUCAGCAUUUUAAUUGUUUUCUCAUCGAUUGAUUCCACCUAAAAUAGGGUCUGUUUUGGCAAACGCCAAGGAAUCAAUAUUUCGGUGAAAGAAAUAUGUUUUAAUGUGCCUGCGCGGGCGUUGAAUGUUCACCAGGGUCGAUGAUCGGCUGCCACGCAAGUCCCAGGUUUGUGUGACUGGGAGAAAAAGGGCUCAGACUGCCGAGCGCUGCCCAAAUUAGAAGCAAAGCCAAGAGAGAUCUGUAACCCCCCCGCCCACCUCGAACAUGUCAACUUUACGCCUCCCUCAUCUGUCCAACUGUAUCUGAAUAACCGAGUUUUGUUCCUGUACAGCCAUGUUUUCCUCAAAGUGGUGAAAUAAAAGUGGCAAAUGCAUUUGUUUUUAAUUUGCCGUGUCCUUCUCAAAUAAUAAAAUGUUUACCACAGUACCGAAA